AUGUCUACAUCUAGCUUGCGGAAUUCAGUGGCCCGACCGGGCUCGCCUCAUACUCCGCAGCAGCAGCUUCGUUCGGCCAAUACCUCCUUCGCUAGCACCACGUCACCGGGCUCAACAUUUCGCAACGAAGACGAUGCAAUCAUAUUUGAAAUUGGCGCCCGCUGGCUCCGAGCUGGAUUUGAGGGAAGCAGUGCGCCUGUUUGUGUGGUUGGCCUUGGACCAGAAGAAUCCCGGCGGGCAGGGGACUAUCGGGGAUGGAUUGAAGGCGAUUCGGGUGCACGACCACCAUCUCAGCCUAUCAACGCAGAAGAUUGGACCCGUGAAUAUGAGAUCUGGAGGUUAGAUUUACGUCAAACGGAUAUCGGCUUGGUGGGAGAUAAAAUUGAACGUCUAUUCCGUGAAACCUAUAACCAAUAUCUGUUGACCGACACAGGGACAUCCCGCUUAGUCCUGGUUCUACCUUCUCUUAUGCCGCAUCCAUUAUUGUCAUCGCUUCUCUCAACACUCUUCAGCCGAUGGCGUUUCCCUACUAUUACUCUUUUACCCAGCGCCCCUAUGUCAGCGACUGCUGCGGGAUUGCGAUCAGCGCUAGUGGUGGAUCUUGGAUGGGCGGAGACUACUACGACUGGACUCUAUGAAUAUAGAGAGGUCACAACAAAUAGAAGUACGAGAGCGAUGAAAGCGGUUGUGCAGCAAAUGGGUCGACUUCUCAGUAGUCUCGCUUUGCAAGAUAGCCAAGAGGAGGUUUUAUUAGAAGAUAUCUCCGUGGGAUUCAAAUACUGCGAGGAGGUAACCUGUCGACUUGCUUGGUGUCAUCCAGAUACAGAGACGGAAGACACCGAAGAGCAAUCCUCGUCUGUCUCAAUACCGCCUCCAGGGAAUCCUGAGCAGGAAUUUAUUGAGGUCCCAUUUUCCCGAUUUGCAGAACCCGUCGAGAAAGUCCUCCUUGCUCCAGAUAUCUCCGAGCACGAUCUUGACGAUGAAGAGAAAUCCAUACCUCUUCUAGUCUACAAGACCCUUCUCGACCUACCUCCCGAUGCACGCGGAACAUGUAUGGCACGCAUCGUGUUCGUUGGUGGUGGAGCUCGGAUUCCUGGCUUGCGGCAGCGGAUUCUUAAAGAGGUCUCAAAGUUGGUUGAGCGAUAUGGAUGGAGUCCGAUUCGAGGAAAAGCCGUAGAGCGACAACGUGAGCGUUUAGCGGAGCUGAGGAUCUCGACUCAACCGAACGGCGAGAAGUCACCUGUGAAGGCCACAGCCACAACGGCCUCUCCUGAUGAUGAGAAGUCAGAUCCAUCAAAGGAGGUACCAGAAAUCGAUUUUGUGGAGCAAAAGUUGCGUCGUCAAAACAAAGAUACGCCAAUUCCUAUCCAGGGAGUCUUGCGCGAAGUCGAGUCUCUCGGGGCUUGGGCUGGUGCAAGUCUAACAACUAGCUUGAAGAUCCGAGGAAUGGUGGAAAUUGAGCGUGAGAAAUUCUUGCAGCAUGGGCUAGCUGGUGGUACCCGGGAUUCGGAACAUCCUGUGCCUGAUCGUCGAUCAGGGCUGAGAGCAGGUGAUCGCUCGAGCUGGACUCUAGCAGGAUGGGCAUAA